GGCGCGCGCGGGCCGGGUUCUCACUGCCUGCUGCGCACCACGGGGAGCCGGCAUCCUCGGAACGCUCGCCAUGGACGACGACGUCCCCUCCUCGAGAAAGGGCUCCCUGCGGAAGAUCCUGGAGCCCCUCUCUGGGGCCGGCAAAGCCAUCGGCGUGCUGACCAGCGGCGGGGAUGCCCAAGGUAUGAACGCUGCUGUCCGCGCUGUGGUGCGCAUGGGAAUAUACGUGGGGGCCAAGGUGUACUUCAUAUAUGAGGGUUACCAGGGCAUGGUGGACGGCGGCAAGAACAUCGUGGAGGCCAACUGGGAGAGUGUCUCCAACAUCCUGCAGGUGGGUGGCACGAUCAUUGGCAGUGCACGCUGUAAGGCCUUCCGCACCCGCGAGGGCCGCCUGAAGGCCGCCUACAACUUGACCCAGGUGGGCAUCACCAACCUGUGUGUAAUCGGUGGGGACGGCAGCCUCACUGGGGCCAACAUCUUCCGAAAGGAGUGGAUGGAGCUUCUGGAGGAGCUGGUCCGGAACGGCCAGAUUGAGGAGAAGGCUAUGCAGAAGUAUGCCCACCUCAACGUGGUGGGCAUGGUGGGCUCCAUCGACAAUGACUUCUGCGGCACAGACAUGACCAUCGGCACCGACUCAGCCUUGCAUAGGAUCAUCGAGGUCAUCGAUGCCAUCAUGACAACCGCACAGAGCCACCAGAGGACCUUCGUUCUCGAGGUCAUGGGGAGACACUGUGGAUACCUGGCCCUGGUGAGCGCCUUGGCCUGCGGGGCGGACUGGGUGUUCCUCCCGGAAUCUCCACCACAGGAAGGCUGGGAGCAGCUGCUGUGUGAGAAGCUCUCAGAGAACCGUGCCCGGAAAAAAAGGCUCAAUAUCAUCAUUGUGGCUGAAGGCGCCAUCGACACCAAGAAUAACGCCAUCACCUCCGAGAAGGUCAAGGAGCUUGUGGUCAAGCAGCUGGGGUACGACACACGUGUGACCAUUCUCGGGCAUGUGCAGAGAGGAGGGACCCCCUCAGCAUUUGACAGGAUUCUGGCCAGCCGCAUGGGGGUGGAGGCCGUCAUCGCCCUGCUGGAGGCCACCCCUGAGGUCCCGGCCUGCGUUGUGUCACUGAGCGGAAACCAUGCAGUACGUCUGCCAUUGGUGGAAUGUGUACAGAUGACCCAGGACGUGCAGAAGGCAAUGAAUGAGGGAAGAUUCAAAGAUGCCGUGCAACUGCGGGGGAGGAGCUUCCAGAACAACCUGAACACCUACAAGCGCCUCGCCAUGAAGCUGCCAGAUGAUGAGAUCCAAAAGAGCAAUUGCAACGUGGCUGUCAUCAACGUGGGCGCGCCGGCUGCAGGGAUGAACGCGGCCGUGCGCGCAGCAGUGCGUGUGGGCAUCGCUGACGGCCACAGGAUGCUCGCGGUCUACGACGGCUUUGACGGUUUGGCCAAAGGCCAGAUUAAAGAAAUAGGCUGGUCAGAUGUUGGCGGCUGGACAGGCCAAGGAGGCUCCAUUCUUGGGACAAAACGGGUCCUACCUGGGAAGUUUUUGGACAAGAUUGCUGAACAGAUGCGCUCCCACAGCAUUCACGCCCUGCUGAUCAUCGGUGGAUUUGAGGCUUACCUGGGACUCCUAGAACUGUCCGCAGCCCGGGAGAAGCAUGAGGAGUUCUGUGUCCCCAUGGUCAUGGUUCCCGCCACCGUUUCCAACAAUGUGCCUGGGUCCGAUUUCAGCAUUGGGGCAGACACAGCUCUGAACACGGUCACGGACACCUGUGACCGCAUCAAGCAGUCAGCCAGCGGGACCAAGAGGCGUGUGUUCAUCAUCGAGACUAUGGGCGGCUACUGCGGCUACCUGGCCAACAUGGGGGGGCUCGCAGCCGGAGCCGACGCUGCCUACAUCUUUGAGGAGCCUUUUGACAUCCGAGACCUGCAGACCAACGUGGAGCACCUGACAGAGAAGAUGAAGACGUCCAUCCAGAGGGGCCUCGUGCUCAGGAACGAGAACUGCUGUGUGAACUACACGACCGACUUCAUCUACCAGCUGUACUCUGAGGAGGGCAAGGGCGUGUUUGACUGCCGCAAGAACGUGCUGGGCCACAUGCAGCAGGGGGGAACACCUUCACCAUUUGAUAGAAACUUUGGAACCAAAAUCUCUGCCCGAGCCAUGGAGUGGAUCACCUUCAAGCUGAAGGAGGGCCCCAGCAAAGGAAAAAAAUUUUAUUCCAAUGAUUCUGUUUGUGUACUGGGAAUAAGCAAAAGAAAUGUCCUUUUCCAACCUGUGGCAGAUCUGAAGGAGGAAACGGAUUUCGAGCACAGGAUUCCCAAGGAGCAGUGGUGGCUGAAGCUGCGGCCGCUCAUGAAGAUCCUGGCCAAGUACCAGGCGACCUAUGACGUGUCGGACGCGGGCCAGCUGGAGCACGUGCAGCGCAUAGAGACCACGGCCAUCUGACCCCAGCUGCCGCCCGACCUAGAGCUGCUGCCUGGACCACGCGCCCGCCCCUGAGGCCUCAGGCUCACUGGAGACCGUCCUUUUUGUAACACUUAAGUUAUUUAUCAGCACUUUAUGCAAGUAUUGUCGACAAGCACUGACGUUCCUGCCCAGCCUGCGAGGGCCCCCGUCCCCACUCGCCCAGCGUAAAACGUCUGCUGUUCCUGCCAUGCUGUAAACUGUUGUGUG